CAGGGGGAGGGGCUUAUGUAACCUUUAAAACCAAGUCUUUCAAAUCAAUUAUUGAUCAACGGGACGUGAGAAUCAAUCCAGUCACAAUUUUCAGUCACAUACCAAAAAAAGACCAAAUAAAAUCACUGAGGUUUAUUAUUUUUUAUGUUUAUAACAUGAUUUAGUUAAAAAACCCACUAAUUAUUAUAAAUAUUAUCAUUAUUUUUCUUUUUCAAAUUACAAUUGGGGAAACACCGCCCUCUAGCGACGCCUCCUGAGUACUACAGCUGAAGCGGCUUCAUCCGGAUUCUCCGGUCAGCUGAUUAAAAACCCGGAAGUAAACACUAUCCCCUCAGAGUUGCAGCAAGAAACAACUGCACGUGGAUUUAUUAAGUGUUCACGGAUGUUUUGUUGUGGUUUAUUGUUAUUUACGGUUGUUUUUAAAUUCAUGGGCGUGACGUCACAUCCUCAAAUAUCCUUCUAAAACAGCGUGGCUUUGAUUUUUGUGUCUGUUUUUCUGCAGCAGCUGUGGGUUUGUUUGUUUUCAUCACCCCCGGAUUUUCACUCGUUUCACUUCGUUUAGUCAGGUGGCCCAGUGAGGCUGCAGGUGCAGCUGCUGACCCCUCCUCCCGAUGAAGGUGUUUCGCAGUCCGGGUCGUCAUGGUUACGCCGUGGAAGCUUCACCGUUCCUGCCUCGCAGAUUUGCCUGCGCUGCCUCGCAGUUUUACGGCCUCACUGGCUGUGGUUCUCUCCUAGUCCUGGACGACUCUGACUCUGGAGUUACUCUAUUCAGAAGCUGGGAGUGGAGUGACGGUUUGUUCGACGUGACGUGGAGCGAAACCAACGAGCAUGUGUUGGUCGCUGGGGGCGGAGACGGCAGCCUGCAGCUGUGGGACACAGCCAAUCAAAGCGCUCCGCUGAGGGUGACCAGAGAACACACUCAAGAGGUGUACUCUGUAGACUGGAGUCAGACCAGAGGAGAAAACCUCAUCGUCUCUGGUUCGUGGGAUCAAACAUUGAAAGUGUGGGAUCCAACACUCAGCCGCUCACUGACGACGCUCAGAGGUCACGAAGGGGUCGUCUACAGCUCCGUUUGGUCGCCUCACAUCCCAGCAUGCUUUGCUUCAGCCUCAGGUGACGGGACGCUCCGGGUCUGGGACGUGAAAGCCGCCGCCUGCCGUUUGGUCAUCGCCGCUCACCACGCCGAGGUCCUGAGCUGCGAUUGGUGCAAAUACGACCAGAACAUUGUGGCCACAGGCUCAGUCGACUGCAGUGUGUGUGUGUGGGACCUGAGGAACGUACGACAGCCUGUCGCUCGACUGAGAGCUCAUAACUACGCCAUCCGCAGAGUCAAGUUUUCUCCGUUCGGUUCCACGCUGUUAGCAUCCUGUUCCUACGACUUCACAGUCAGUGAAUCCUUCGGCGAACGUCGUCGACCGAGACGGCGUCCGCUCGUGUUUGCGUUGAUUGUCUGUCGUUGUUGUUUUUUAAUCGUAAACCUCAGAGUGAAGCUGAGGCUGAGGGUGAUUCUCUGCUCACACUCCUUUUCUCCUUAUUACCUCUCAGAGUGGAUGGAUGGAGUCAUGGUUGAAGGUGGUAAUGACAGAGAGGACAGUGUCUGAUAAUGUGCGAUAAAGUGAACUGGUGUGUGUGUGUGUGUGUGUGAGAACUACAGCAGCCGCUGACUUAAUAAAAUCUGUAAUUUCAAGCACGACCGCCUCUGAGUUUCUUAUGAGACCACGUUGUUCUUCUUCCACAUCUCAUUCCCUUUUUCCCCCCUCACUUUAUUUCCCGCCUCUGUUCACAUCUGUGGACUUUUGCUCUCAAUGAAAACAAAAUGGCUGCCAGCAGACACACAAGGAA